GUCGACGAGGCGCUGGCCGGGUCGCUGGCCGGGUCGCUUGCCGGCGCCGACCGGCGCGUGGCAGCUGUGCGCGCGGCAGCAGCCGGCGCGCUGCGGACGUUCCAAGCGGACUACGACGCGGCGGUGGGCGGGCUGGGCGGCAAGCAUCCCCUGGGCGGCUCGCCCGGCGGCGGCAAGCGGCCGCCCGCGUCGUCCGGCAAUGGCGACUCCGUCAGGACCACGGAAGAGCUGCUGUUUACCGUGUACUUCUUUGUCUUCAGCCUGCGCGAGUUCGCCGACGAGCUGCUCAGCGCGCUGCUGCCGGCGGUGGCCGCGCUGUGCCGCACGCCGCCGACGCCGCGCCAGAUGCUGGCUCGCGAGCUGCGCUCGCCACGGCGGCUCGGCCAGCACGUGCGCCGCGCGCUGCGGUGGGCAGCCGGCCGUGUGCGCGUGCUGUGCGACACCGGCGCGACGACUGAGCUGGAGUCGCGCUACGAGGUUGCGCAGUUCGCCGAUCCGCGGUCGCUGCACGCGCGGCGGCCAUCGGCCGAGCCGUCGGCGGUGCAGCGCUUGGCGCGCGGCAUUUGGCACGCGUGCAUGUGGGCGCGGCGGCUCAACGUGCGGUUCGCAACGAAGUACGCGCUGCUGGUGACGGCGCUGUCGCUGCCGUGCUACUGGUCGCUCGACGUGUACUGGGAGUUUCGCCGCCAGCGGCUCGAGUGGAUGGUCAUUUCGGCCGCGGCCAUUAUGGUGCCGACCGUCGGCGGGUCGCUGCUGGUCAGCGCCUACCGCAUCCUGGGCACGUGUGUCGGCGGCCUCGCCGCGUUCCUGGUAUACGAGGUUGGCCGCGACUGCCCGGUGCUGACGUACACGCUGCUCGUGCUGUUCUCAGUGCCGUGCUUCCGCAUUAUCCUUCACGGCAACUAUCCAAAGAUCGGCCAGUUUGCGCUGAUCACCUUUGGCGUGAUCCUGAUCAACAAGUGGGUGGCCAACGAGGACCGCGACGAAAGUGUGGCUGGCUUGGCCGUGCGCCGCACCAUGUCAGUUGCGCUGGGCGUGCUGGCCGGCAUGCUGGUGACGCUGUAUGUGUGGCCGUACGAGGCGCGCGUGCGCGUGCGCCAGGCGCUCAGCUGGUGGAUGCUCACUGCGCUGUUGCUGUACGACCAGCUGUGGCGCGCGCUGUGGGCGGCGGCAGCGGUGCCAGUUUCCGAUGCGCCAGCAGCUGGACCACAGCCGUCAGCUUCUGGGGCGGCCAUUGGCGCACGGCCAUCAGUGCCGGCGGACCGGUGGACGGCGCUCGGCACAGUGCGCGACUACCUCGACGGCGAGAUGCAGCUGCAGAGCGCCUUGGUUGAAAUUCGGUCGCUGCUAAGCGACACGCUCAACGAGCCGCGGCUCAAGGGCCCCUUCCCUCUGAUCUCGUAUCAGCGGAUAAUCAACGCGUGCCAGCGGCUGCUCGACGCCAUGGUUGCCGCACGCUGGGUCAUGUUGCCUGUCCCCAUGGCCGUGGUCGCACAACAUCUCCACCCAACUGCCUCUACGAGCGAUACCAGUGAUGAUGGUGAAGAGGAGGAGAGCGGCACCAGCAUUAAGAUUGCUGCUGCUGGUUUAGAGUCCGGUCGUAUGAAUAUGCCCGAUGGUGAUGGCGAUGACACUGCCAGUGACGAGGGAGCUUCGAUGCUGGAUUUGCCCAUUGAUUUGUCGUCCACAGUACUGAUGGAGCGCGGCGAGCAGGCCGACAUGGACGGCCGGCUGGGCCAAGUGAUUGCAAGUGCCGCUGCGGUUUCGGAGGAUAGCGCCGAGUAUAUCAGGCUGCGCGUGGAGCGCGAUUUGCUGCGCCAGUCGGCCGCUGAGCGCGAGCACCGCGACGCGCUGUUGUCCUUGACCAUGUACGUUUUGGCGUCGGCGCUCAUCUUGAAGACGCCCUUGCCGUCGGUGCUGCCCCCGAUUCAUGCCGCGCAGCGCCGUGUUGCUGAUGCCAUGAGAGAUAUACUGGUGGGCAACGAGCCCGAGAUCAGCGUUGGCGAGGCCGAUGCUGCUGCACAGCGGGCGGUGGACAGGAUCCGGUACGUGUUCUACUACACGCAGGUCAUGCUUGGGUGGGAGGUUGUGCAGGAGCUGUCGAUAAUCGGCGGCAUGAUGCGCGAGCUGUACGGGUCGUACGGCAGCUUCGGCGACAUGUCUGAGUAAUAUGAACCAAAAUCUAUAUAUUUCGACAAUAAAAUAAAAUAAUAAAAU